GGGGUUACCAGGGUGAGUGACUAGAGGAGCCAUGGGGCUGAGCCAUGGGCUCUUCAUCUGCUUUCUGCUCUUGGGAGGCGCGGAGCUGUGCUAUCUCCAGACCACUUCUCAGCGUGAGACCUACUACUCAUUGCCACCUAGGCCCCCCGUGGUGGUGGAGUGUCUGGAGGCCCAGCUGGUGGUCACUGUCAGCAAAAACCUUUUUGGUACUGGGAAGCUCGUCAGACCUGCAGACCUCACCCUGGGUCCAGAGAACUGUGAACCCCUGGUCUCUAUGGACGCGGAUGAUGUGGUCAGGUUUGAGGUCGGGCUGCACGAGUGCGGCAACGGGGUGCAGGUGACGGACAGUGCUCUGGUGUACAGCACCUUCCUGCUCCACAGCCCCCGUCCUGAGGGAAACCUGUCCAUCCUGAGGACUAACCGCGCUGAGGUUCCCAUCGAGUGCCGCUAUCCCAGGCACAGCAACGUGAGCAGCCAGGCCAUCCUGCCCACCUGGGUGCCCUUUAGGACCACGAUGCUCUCAGAGGAGAAGCUGGUUUUCUCUCUCCACCUGAUGGAGGAGGACUGGGGCUCUGAGAAACGGUCCCCCACCUUCCAGCUGGGAGACAUCGCCCACCUCCAGGCCGAAGUUCACACUGGUAGCCACGUGCCACUGCGGCUGUUCGUGGACCACUGCUUGGCCACGCUGACACCCGACCGGAACGCCUCCCCUCAUCACACCAUUGUGGACUUCCACGGCUGUCUUGUGGACGGUCUUUCUGAUACCUCUUCUGCCUUCAGAAGGCCCAGACCCAGGCCAGAGACUCUGCAGUUCACAGUAGACAUGUUCCACUUUGCUAAUGACUCCAGAAACACGAUCUAUAUCACUUGUCAUCUGAAGGUCACUCCGGCUGACCAAGUCCCGGACCAGCUAAACAAAGCCUGUUCCUUCAUCAAGUCCACCAAGAGGUGGUACCCUGUAGAAGGCACGGCUGACAUCUGUCACUGUUGUAACAAAGGCAGCUGUGGCCUUCGAGGCCGUUCCAGGAGGCUGUCCCGCCUAGAGAGAAGGCAGCACAAGUCUGCUUCCCGAGCCCGGAGUCGAAGGCACGUGACUGAAGAAGCAGAGAUCACCGUGGGGCCUCUGAUCUUCCUGGGAAAGGCUGGUGAUCGUGGCGUGGAGGGGUCCGCCUCUCCUCACACCUCUGUGAUGCUGGGCUUAGGCCUGGCCACGGUGGUAUCCCUGACUCUGGCUACCAUUGGCCUGGUCCUUGCCCGGAGGCACCAUUCUGCUUCUCGCUCAGUGAUAUGCCCUGUGUCUGUUCCCCAAUAAAGGAAGAAAGUGAGCUCUG